CUACAAUCCAACAGCAAUCUAAAAGCCCUAAUUUCCCAUCUCUUUACCCCUAAAUCGCUCCCGCUCUUUCUUUCUUUCCCUCUUAAACCCUAAAACUGUAAACCUUAAUUGCCGACCCAUCAAUUUACUCUCUAAUUUCUCUCAAUUCAAACAAUACAUAACCAUAAUGAGACCUCCAAGGGGUGGCGGUAGCUUCAGAGGACGCGGCGGUGGAGGCCGUGGCGAUCGCGGCGGUCGAGGAGGUCGUGGUGGUUUUGGCGGUCGUGGUGGCGGCGGUUUCCGAGAUGAAGGUCCACCUUCUGAAGUUGUCGAGAUUUCUACAUUUCUUCAUGGGUGUGAAGGAGAAGCAGUAACUAAGCUUACAAAUGAAAAAAUACCCUACUUCAAUGCUCCUAUUUACUUGCAGAAUAAAACCCAGAUUGGCAAAGUCGAGGAAAUUUUUGGUCCUAUUAAUGAAGCCUAUUUUUCAGUUAAAAUGAUGGAAGGAAUUGUUGCUAAUUCAUAUUCAGUGGGGGAUAAAUUCUACAUUGACCCAGCAAAGCUUCUGCCUUUGGCUAGAUUUCUUCCCCAGCCUAAGGGACAAGGACAAGCUGCAAGAGGAGGUGGUCGUGGAGGAGGUAGGGGCGGUCGUGGCGGCAGGGGUGGAGGUGGUUUUAGAGGAAGGGGCGGUCCAAGCCGUGGAAGAGGUGGUCCUCCAAGAGGCCGUAGUGGGUUUAGAGGCAGAGGAGGGCGGUUUUAGACUACUGCUAUCUAGAGCCCUUGCAUUCGUUCUUCAUGCCCUUUACCCGAUAGAAGGUUAUAGAAGCACUGAAUGUUCAUAUGUCUUGAAUUAUGGUUUAUGGGUUUCCCAGUUUUAUAGUUGCAUUCAAUUGUUGCUUUUUAGUAGGAUCUUGGCAUGUAGGAUUGCUUAUUGCAUAGUGCUGUUGUGUUUAUGAUAAAGCACAUACAAAUUCUCACUGGACGGACGAUACGAAUCGGCUGAUAGGCUGAGCGAUAUCUUUCCUGCUAAUCGAAGGCUAUUCCGACCUUCAUGGCUCGAGAAUCAUGAAUCUUAACCAUGCAUCA